GUCGCGUGCGCACAACUGCAGAGAAGCGGAAGUGUGACGUCAGCACGUCGAGAGUGCGUCGAGUCGAGUUUUGGAGAGAGGCCCGACUAAUUUCAUCAUGCCUGAACGCGACUCUGAUGUUUACUCCAAUCCUCUGGCUCCGGAUGGCCAUGAGGUGGAGGAUCACCGCUCAGCGCUUCAAUCCAAGCUGACCAAUGAUGACUUCAGGAAGCUUCUGAUGACCCCGAGAUCUGCGCCGUCCUCAGCUCCACCCUCCAAAACACGCCACCAUGAGAUGCCACGGGAAUAUAAUGAGGAUGAGGACCCUGCGGCUCGCAGGCGGAAGAAAAAAAGUUACUACGCUAAACUGCGGCAGCAGGAGAUGGAGCGAGAGCGCGAGCUGGCGGAGAAAUACCGUGACCGUGCUCGAGAAAGACGUGACGGUGUUAAUAAAGACUACGAGGAGACGGAGCUCAUCAGCACCACGGCCAACUAUCGAGCCGUGGGACCCACUGCGGAGGCUCAGACGACGCUCACCACUAAUGACAUAGUCAUCAGCAAACUGACGCAGAUCCUGUCGUACCUGAGGCAGGGCACCCGCAACAAGAAGCUCAAGAAGAAGGACAAAGGUAGUUUUCCCUGUAAUUUCCAAUUCCAAAGGAUGCAAUGGCUUUUUACGUUUGUUUCUUUAACCGUGAACACUGGAAGCAGACGUGAAGAGAAGAAGCAUCUUGGAGAUUUCUUUGGGAUGUCAAACAGUUACGCCGAGUGCUACCCUGCCACAAUGGAUGAUCUGGCUGUGGACAGUGAUGAGGAGGUGGACUACAGCAAGAUGGACCAGGGUAAUAAGAAGGGUCCUUUGGGCCGCUGGGACUUCGACACGCAAGAAGAGUACAGCGACUACAUGAACAAGAAGGAGGCGCUUCCCAAGGCUGCCUUCCAGUACGGCAUCAAAAUGUCUGAGGGCCGAAAGACUCGCCGCUUUAAAGAAACCAACGAGAAGGCUGAGCUAGACCGACAGUGGAAGAAAAUCAGUGCUAUCAUUGAGAAGAGAAAGAAGAUGGAGGCAGAUGGGUGAGUGUCAGUGGUUUCGCUUCAGUCAAUGAAGACGUUUUAAAGUCUUCAGUUUUAAAAAUAUCCUAAAAAGCCUUAAUCGGGUCA